UGGGACCAAAGACCGUCACUUCAGUUUUUCUCUCAUCCAGACUUUAACGUCUUCAAGACACGACAGAGGUGGUCUGAGGGAGAAAACAUUUUUCCUAUUAAAGUGUCCCAUAUAUCUGACUGUUGUCAGUAUAACAAUGAAAAGAGAUGAAACCAACACGUCUGUGUCUCUAAGAUUAGAAACUCCUUUAUUAUUCCAACAAGGAGAAACUCCCAUUUAAAUACACCUGAUGUGACAAACUGUGUUUUUCUCCUCUGAGGAUUUUAAAGAGCAGAAAUCUCUAUCAGCCUUCAGGUGUGAAAUCAGUUUGACUGCAUGUGAUUGGUGGGUGGGGCUUACGACCAUAUAAGGAAGUUCCUUUACAAAAAAAGCCCCUCGGAUCAGCUGAGAAUCUGUUAUCUCUGAAAGAGAAAUAAGAAGGUUGUGAGUUUGAUAUUUUUGUGUUGAUGUUUCUGCACCAAAAACUGAUGGAGGUUUUGUUUUUGUCCCCCUGAGUCUGGUGGUCAUGAUCUCAGGUGAAACUCGCCGUGAUUGGAGGAUCAGUUUGUGUGUUUUUGUUGGUUUGAAGGAGACUUCAUCACAUUCCUGGAAUAACAUCAGUUUGAGAUCAGACUGCAGCCUCCGGCUCCGACCUCGGGGAGCUGCUGAGAGAAAUGUCAGGAAGAGUGUGUGUGUGUGUGUGUGUGUGUGUGUGUGUGUGUGUGUGUGUGUGUGUGUCAGAGAAUCAGAGGUGAGAGAGAAAGCGACAUCUGAUUAAGUCAGACUCGUUUGUCUGCAUAUCUGAGGAAGGUGGGCCGUCCUCCUCCUCCUCCUCCUCGUGUUCACAGAGAAACUCGGUGAACAAACGGAUCAACACGAGGAUUAUUUCUGCGUCUGGAUUUCAACUCUCAGUCUGAAGGUACAGUCAUGUCUAUUUUAUAAACUCACUUUACACAGACAGAGAGUGUGUGUGUGUGUGUGUGUGUGUGUGUGUGUGUGUGUGUGUGUGUUAGUGUGCAUGUGCAUGUGUGUGUGUGUGUGUUUGACAGAGGUUUACAGAGACAGGGACACCUGGGCUCGUGUUAGUCCUCAGUUUUUAAGGUAAACUUAUUUAGUAGUUUUUAAGAGUCCAUAUCAGAAUAUUUCAGUGUUUAUUAUGAUCUCAUGAGGAGUUUCCUGCACUGACUGAGGAGUUUCUCACGUCUGAAGAAGUCGCUCUUUGCUCCUUUGGAGGUGGAGGGACGUCUGCAGAGAGGAAAACUGAACUCAGAGCAAACUUUAGAGUUAGUCUGAGGUUCUUUAGUUUCUUUAGUUUCUUCUGUGUCGGCUGAACACCACGCAGGCAGCUGUGGUUUUUCUUGUCAUGUGCUCAUGCAGGCGGACACGCGAGUGUGCAGACAGAAUACUCCACAUUCUUAGCAGCAGCUGCAGGAAUGCUGCAGGAGAUGAAGUUCUCCUUCAUGGUUCUGAGGACCCUCAGAUGGAGCUGAGAGGAGCUCAUCUUCAUCAGGAUCUCUCAUAUAUUCUCACCUGCUUAGAAAACAAGAAACAUUCACAUACCAACAUUACUGACUUCACUCACAACAGAUGUCUGCUAAGAAACCUCCUCCGGUGGUCCCGAGGAAGCCUUCAGGGGUCCGCGUCAUGAUUCCUCCAGGAGAGCAGCUUCCUGCAGGUGUGCUGCCCGUCUACAGACGAACUGCUAAAGGUAGAUUUACCUGUGACUGUGUGAGCAUGUGCAAGACGCCGAGUCGUCCUCCUGACCUUCAUCUGACGACCUUCUUCUUCUUCUUCUUCUUCUGCACAGAGAACGGCGACAGUGGAGAGAUGAAUCACACAUCAUCACAGGUUAACGCAGAGAGAGAGGUGGUACGUACUCCACCGAUGAUUCAGAACAUCUGAAGGUCGAAGGAGUGGAGGAGAUUAAAGGAUCAGAAAAUCACAGUUAAGACUCUUAAUCUGAAAAAUAAAGAUAUUUUUAUAAUAAAGUCACAUGAACGUGUUUAAAAGCAGAAAAGUUAAAAAGAACUUUUUAAAUAAAUAACAGAAGAUUUAAAAUAUUUAAAAUAUUUAAAGUAUUAAAGUAUAAAAGUAUAAAAGUAUAAAAGUAUAAAAGUACCUCCUGAUAUACAGAAUAAAAACACUGGAUACUGCAGGAGAGUUUAAAGUGAAUCCUUCUUUAUAAAGUGUUUUAAUAAAUGUGAUUACUGCAGACUUACUGUAGGAGUUUAAAUCAGUGAUACUGGAAAAGUUCUGAUUUGAUUUGAUGUAAAACUUUAUUUCAGAGCCGGUGAGUCUGAACCGAACAAAAACAGGAAACAGAACAAACGAUCCAGGAGAUAAAACCACUUUAUAACUCACUCUGAUUCUCAUCCUGUCGCUGAGGUUCAAACUUCAAACUCAGAGCGAACAUCUUCUUCUUCUUCUUCUUCUUCUUCUUCAGGAGAUCCUGAACCACUGCUUUGACGACGUGGAGAGGUUCAUGGCCCGUCUGCAGCAGACCGCCGAGGCGCAGAGCGUU